AGAAUCAGGCCCAUUAUUUUUAAUUUUAGAUGCUAAUAAACUAAUCUGAAACACAGGUCUGCAGAUGUUGCUACUGUUCAUGUCACUUUGUUUAUUUUUUCUUUUUCCCCAGGACUGGCUGUAUUGUAAUACUUUUGAAAAAGUUACUGUCGUUGAUCCCAAAUCAUGAAUUCAUCCAACCUCUGGAGUCCACAGAAUGUGCAGUAUUGCUUUGACUUUGUUAACAAUUCAUGUCCUAGAAAUGUAAGGUCUACAAUCAGUCUUUGGGCUAUGUACAGCUUCAUGGUGGGAGCAAUAAUGCUCACAAUGGGUGGAAAUAUGUUUGUGAUCAUUUCCAUUGCUCAUUUCAAACAGCUUCACUCUCCAACCAACUUCCUGAUCUGCUCCAUGGCAACUACAGACUUUUUGCUUAGUUUCAUGGUUAUGCCCUAUAGUAUGAUCAGGUCUAUUGAGUCAUGCUGGUAUUUUGGAGACCUCUUCUGCAAACUCCAUACUUGUUGUGAUAUAAUGCUCUGUACCACCUCUAUUUUCCAUCUGAGUUUUAUCUCUGUUGACCGUUACUAUGCGGUAUGUGACCCACUGCAUUAUGUUACCAAAAUAACUGUCUCUGUGAUAGUAUUGUUUUUACUAAUUAGCUGGUCUGUCCCAUUUUUAUUGGCUUUUGGCCUAGUUUUCUCACAGUUGAAUAUUGAGGGCAUUGAAGUAUAUGUUGCUUCAAUUGACUGCAGUGGUUUCUGUGCACUCAUAUUUAACAAGCUUUGGGGAAUGAUAGUUUCACUUAUAGCCUUCUUUUUCCCAGGCACAGUGAUGGUGGGGAUUUAUGUCCACAUAGGUACAGUGGCAAGAAAACAUGCAAGACAAAUUGCUAAAAUCCCCAGUGCAAUAAUAUGUGUCUCUGCAACAGCAAACAAACUCUCUACAAAAAAAGAAGAGAACAAAGCAACUAAAACUUUAAGUAUAGUCAUGGGGAUGUUUGGUUUUUGUUGGCUGCCUUUCUUUAUUCUUACGAUAGCUGAUCCUUUUAUUAGCUUCUCAUCACCUGAAGACUUGUACAAUGCCUUCCUCUGGCUGGGAUACUUCAAUUCUACUUGUAAUCCAAUCAUUUAUGGUUUAUUUUAUUCUUGGUUUCGCAAAGCAUUUAAAAUGAUUGUGACAGGUACAAUCUUCAGACCAGAUUCCUCUACUCUUACUUUGUUUCCCAUGAAUACUUAG